CACUCGUAUCUGAGGAUAAUUAUUAAAAACAAUGAGAACAAAUCUUUGACAUUCUGUGUCCGGAACAGUUACCUAGUCAUUAUUAUUUAACGCGUUCAUAAAUUACAUUAGUUCAUACAUUAAUUAUACUCUUCGCCAAACUAUCUCACUCAAAGCCAAUUUCAAUUAUACAGUCUUUUUGGCAUCUGAUUUAGGGAGACGGUUAUUACGAAAUUGUCAACUAUGAACAUAGAUAUCAGAGGUGUAGAUUACAUGCUGUUUCAAGGAGCUGUUGACGCUGGAUUGACGGGAGAUGUUCAGAAUGCUUUAUCAAUCAAUGGGAAGCAGGCAGAUUCAGCCUUCAACAAGGCCAUAGAUGAACCACUGAUAUCAUCCGCUUAUGAAAAGAUGACGAGAAUUGUGCCAUCAGAACAUCUUGAAAGCCGAUUUAAAACUCUAGUGGCGCUAGAAUCCAUAGAUGCAACUACAUCGCUAGAGGAAAACAAUGCCCAGAGCGUUGAGUUUGAUGAUAAUAUUGCCUUCGAUGGCCUGUUAGCGAUUACAGCAAUGGAAGAAAACGAAGAAUAUAUACAGAAUGUUUCUAAUACUCAAGAUAUAUUGGAUAAAGAAGAAAAUGAAUUUACAUUGUUUGAAAAAGUACAUGAGGGUCAGAAUUUCCGUUAUCAUUCUAAUCACUCCCUAUCUUCUACUAGUUACGAAACCUUAGAAAUGAUUGAAGAUGAUGCAAACGACAGUUUAGACAGUUUGCAGCAAGAACUUGAUAAAGGUUCUAGCGAGAAUUGGCAUAACACCGAAACCAGGAAUAUGAAGAUCAAUUUUGAAUCAAAAUGGAAUGACUUUAGCAAUAAUCAUCAACUGAAGACAGGUAAUAUUACCGACACCAACGAAAAUCAUCAUCAAACAGACAUCGAAUCAAAUUUAAAUUUCGCGAAUAAGAAAUAUGUAAUAUUACUUGAUGCGUCGGAUGAUGAGCAUGGAGAUGAUGAUUCUAUAGUCACUUUUCUGAUGGAAAAUCGUGAUAUGCUUGACACAAAUAAAUUCGAACAGGAGGAUAAAACUUGGCAACCGAUUGCAUAUUGUCAAAAUUUUGACUCGGAUGACCAAUCAACUUUUGGGGAAUGUCAGAAACAAAAUUCGUCAGAAAUCAAUGAUCAAUUACCUGUUCAUGUCAAGAAUUCCACUAGUCAAAAUUUAGCAAUAGAUGAAUUGGGGUCAAUGAGUACGACAGUAUUGGACCACAAUCAAAACUUCAAUGAAACAUAUACCACGUCUAUAUCUACUUUGGAUAAAGAGACUAAACAAAUGGUAACUUCAAGCACUAAAGAUUCUGAAAGUGUCAGUAGAAAUAAAAAAAAAGAGCUACUUUCAUUUAAUAGAACGCCUGAGGUCCUGAAAUGGUUGAAAAAUCCAAAUGCCGAAAAUAUUCCCGAUUCCAGAAAUAAUUGUGCCACAACGCAUUUUUUUUAUGAAAAAAUGUCCCUACAAACCACUAAUCUUUCUCAGCUCCAUUCUUCCUGUGAAAAUAAGGUUCAAAGUACCGACAGCAAAAUGCAAAUGGAAGUGGGCAGAGCGUCUUUGAACUUGAACACUUCAUUUCCAGUCAAAAAGAAUGUGAUUGACUCUCUUAAAACAACAAAGAAGCAACGAGAAAGUUGCAUGAUAACAAGUAGAAGUAGAUGUACCUCACAUAAAAGUUUUCGUCGUUACACAAGAAGCACAACUAUGCCCUUGUUGAAAGCAAAGAACUUUCCGAUGUUAUGUAUGAGAAAUGCUUCUGUACUUCGAAAACAUAACGGUAUGCGAACGAUCAGAAAGUCAUCGGCAUUUCGAAAUUUGAGAAGGCUAAAUAUUCAGAAAGUUUCCGUAGAUUCUGUUAGGAUGAGAGCUUUUGAAGAUUCGAACUAUACAAAGGUAUCAAACAAGUCUAAGAGUAUUGAAAGAUCUUGUACAAUAGGUUUGCCAGUAGCAGAUAUGAAAGAUGUGUUGGAAACAAAUGUAAAGAACGAUUUAGGAAUAUUAAAACCGCAAAGUUUGUUGGAAAAGUCGAACAAUAAAGAUCCAACCUUUGAACUGCAGUUUGCGAAUUCAAUAGCUGGAUGCACAGAAAUAAAAUUGGAGACUGUAAUUGAUUCAACUCAAAGUAGCGAUGAUUUCACAAGGGACUGUACAGCAGCACCUACUAUUAAAAUUAAAGUAGAAUCUGAUGAUGAAGCUGAAGAUUCUAACGUUGACAUGCUUCAUUUUAUGUUGUUGAAAGAAAUGUGGAGUAAUAAAAAUUCAUAUGAUCAAUCAGACACUAGCGAGACAUAUCUAGAACAAAAUGAACUUUUCAUUACCUUGUUGAAGGAAUUUUUGAACAAAAAAAAUUGCUUUAUGUACAUAUCUCAGCUAACAGGUAUUGGUAAAUUUCUCAAGGAACGAAAUAUCAAUAUAGUCACAGCCAAUACACAGAAUAAUAUCGUAAGCCAAAAACAGGCAUAUCCUUCAAAAACUGAUACAGAUACAUUUUCAAUAAAAACUGUAUUCACCAAGUCCCUUGAAUCUUUGAACUCUGAUAUAAAAAGCAAUAUUAACCAUUCUCAAUCUUUGCAAAAACAAACUACAGUAUCCGAUGUGCCUUAUCUGGAAGAUGAGAAAUUUCUUGAUUUUCAUGAUAUGUCUCCAAUGAGGAAAAAUGUGUCACCACUACCAACACCUACUUUCAAUGAUGACUUGAAAAUCGAGCAACCAAAUUGUGAAUGCAGUAUACAAAAUGAGGUGCACAUAAAAACGGAAUCUUGUGAUGCUAACUACUGUGAACAAUAUGAUACUGCUCGCAAGGUUACGCUACCAAUGUAUGAAACUUAUGGUGCGAACGAAACCAACGGUUUGAAGUCGGAAAUGGACAAUUUUGAAAGUGAAAUGAACAAUUUUGAAGAUGAAAUGGACAUUGAUGAAACUAAGGAAAUAAUAAUCCCUGAAGGGUUAGGAAGUAUGAACUUAUCUUUGAAUUGCAAGUGCAGUGAAAAUUUUGUAUACGGAACACAUAUCGGUACUGCCUGCGAUGCAGUUGAAAAAUGUUCUUGUAAAUGUGAUAAAGCACAUGCUUCUGAUGGUAAGCACUUGGAUAACAGUACUGAAGCAGCCAAGAGUCAAUAUUCCUCCUAUACAUACAGCGUUAAAAAGAACCAAAGAUUAGAAUGCCCCAGAAAUCUAAUUUCACAGCCUGUUGUGAAACUAGAAAUAAUGGACCCAGAAAUCUGCAGAACCCGUCCAACUGUGAUAUCAAAAGCAAGAAAAAAAAAGUCUGGACAUCAGGAUUCUUGUCGAACUCUUUCGAACAAAAAGAGAAGAGCAACACGGGCUCUUCAAAGUUCUGCUAAAAGAAAAAUAGAAUCUCAAGAAUGUAUAAGUGCAAGAACUAGAAGCAGAUGUACCAGAAGUUCAAAAAAUUCACAAGUUCAAAUUCAACAUUCUUCCGAUUCUUUGGCACGUCCGAAAAAGAAGCGACCCAAAAAUUCAACCACGACUGAAUCAAAAUGCACAAAACGCAAGGCUCGACGUCCUAGAAGAGUUUCUGCAUUGACUCGAACAAUUUCUGGUAGUGAAAAGGGUGACAAGAAUUCAGAUACGGAAAUAAUAGAAUGCACUUCAGAACGUUCAGUGAAUCAAUCCCCUCGGAAAAACAUUAUAAGUACAAAACGAAAACUCAGACCACGACGUCAAAAUCCAAUGAAGGACAAAGCACAUGAACCGAUGAUACGCAAAACAAAAUCUAAAAAUUCUACGGGAUCAAAAACAUUGCCAAAUUUAAAACGUCGUAUUGCAGAUCAGAUACCUGAGGUUUGCAAGGCCAAAAAGGACAAUAUUGCUAGAAACAAUCAUACUAAAGAUACGUCUAAAAGCUUAGUCAAGACGAAAGGCGAAAAAAAUAUACCGAGAAUCUUGAAACGAAACGGAAAGCUUUCAAAUUGUAAAAAACAACCGGAAACUGAUCAACAAAAUAUAGAAGGUGGGAAAACUGUCCAAUUAACAUACCAAGUUCUGCGAACUACAUUGCAAAACACACAUCGUGUUGGAAACAACAAAGCUGUAUUAACAGAAAAAGAUUCUACGGUAUUGUCUACCGAUGGAUACGCAUCUGAUACGUUGGAUAAUAUACAAGCCGAAAAAGAGAUAUCUGAGCCUGUGGAAACAAGAGAAACAGCGGAAACUAUUCGAUCACCAACUAUAAAUUUAUGCAAUGAUCUCUACACGCGAUACUUUACAAAUUUCAUCACUGCAAAUGGUUACAAAGUGAAAUUUUGCUAUGUUAAUAGAAGACUUGCAGUAUUGAAAGCUACUAUAGCAAACGCAGAUGAAGCAGACAGUUUUGUAAAAGCAUUUUCACAGUUUGACUGUGCAAAUUAUAAGGUGUGGAGAGACACCAAACAGGGAAGGUAUAUUUUACAUCGUACAUGGCUUUGUGGGAUUAACGGAUCUCAAGAUCCAGAUGUGAAUUACAAAAAUUUGUCAUGUCAAGCACGGAUACACAUUUCUGUCGAGGAGCCCACCACUAAUGAUUUUAAUGCUCAUGUCUUGAUUUAUAAAGAACACACUCAUUAUUCCGCAAAUAAAGAACAGUUAUUACGUAUUAUUCCUCUGUAAAAUUAAUUAAAUUAAAAGUGUAAUUAUAUCAACUUCUCAGAACUGAAGUGUAUAUUUUUUUACGUGUUUAUAAUAAAUCCUAUAGCUUAAGAUACCAAGGUAAAGUCGGGGUUCACAAAUUUGUUUAUUUGUAAAUUGAAAAAUUUCCGAAUUUGAGUAGCCCUACAGUUUUCGCACGAAUGGUCAGUCAUCAACGACGCGAAAUAAAUUCAUUAAAAAAAUAUCUACCUAUGGGAAACGUUUAUUCGCGACUCGGUUUUUUUUUUCUUGUUAAUAAUAUUAUUUUCCACGUUAUUUUUAAAUACUGACUAUAAAUUCGAAAUAUUAUCACAAAAGAAUUUAUCACUUCGGCGUUUAAAUAGAUAUUAAGAAAAGAUAAUUUGUUAAACAUUGUACUAUACCGAGGGUAUCAGAAGGCCUAAAGUUUGUAUUUUUAAUAUUCGUUGGUUUAAAACCGCAGUUUGUUUUGUAUCAAUUAUUUAUUUUUCCAUACAAAUUAUAAACAUGUUUUUUUCAAAUACUGUACAUAUACUGAGUUCUAUUAUAAUUUUAAACCUCUAAUUUAAUGAUAUAUUUCAUUUAUUUUCAUUUACUUGUUAAGUCAACUACUUUGAUCCUCAUUUCGUUUCAUUUAUGAUAAUAUAAUAUACAGGUAGAUUUUCUUCAUCUCCAUUUUUUUCAAUUUUUGUUCUUAUCUGUUUCAUUAUGAUCAAGCUCAAUUCAUUGAUAUGGCAGUUCCAGAUAUGGACAUAUUAAAACUUUACUUCAGGUGUGUUAUAAUGAUUUUCCCACUGCAGAACAGUACGCUUUUCGGUAAAAAUUACAGAUAAACAUAGAGAAAAAACGAGUAGUUCGAUU